GGCCAUUGGUGGGCAUGCAGAUAACAGUUCACCAUGGCAAAAGCUGGGUGUUCUGAGUUCCAACGCCAGCAUCACAAAGCUAUGGAAUAAAAGGGUACAGGCAAAAAGAACCUGCCCUGGAGACAUCAGAAAAAUAUCAGUUGUGGGGCUACUGUUCUUCACUCUCUGCUUCUUUGUAAAAAACAAAAACAAAUAAUAAUUUAUGCAACUGUCAGAGAAAAACCACCGCUUCUCUCCAUGUGCAUCCUAUGUUUUCCAAAGGCUCUUGCCCAUAUAUUUAAAACCUAUCUUAUGGCCAGUUACAACUUUGAAUUCGGGAACUGGCCAGUGGAUUUCCGUUGGGAUGAGGCCAGGAUCUACAGCGAUUCUCCUACCCAUAGGGUCAACGGUAGUAAAACCCACGGCCGGCAGAUUCUCGUCGCACCAGGAGCAUGCCCACUGGCAUCCGCCUUCUCCACAGAGCAAUACAGAGAGAAGAGCUCAGGGUGGGACAUCUUUAGCAGCAUCAAACAGAUGCCCAGCCGCCUAGCCAGCUAUAUCAUGGCACAUUCUUUAGGCCGCUGGCUGCUUUACCCAGGUUCUGUGUUCCUUCUGAAUCAAGCCUUGUUACCAGUCCUGGCCAAGGGUCAAGCUUGUCUCUUGAGGGACUACAAUGGCAAACGGGCCAAGCUGGUCGCUCGAGAUGGAAAUAAGAUUGACACCAUGUUUGUGGAUAGAAGGACCAAGCAGCCAGGGCAAGAAGAAGAACGAGGGAACCAGCUGGUGAUUUGUUGUGAGGGGAAUGUUAGCUUUUACCAGUGGGGCUGCCUCUUCACGCCACUGAAAGCUGGAUAUUCUGUGUUGGGUUGGAAUCACCCUGGUUUCGCUGGGAGUACAGGCCAGCCCUACCCAGAGAAUGAUGCCAAUGCCGUGGAUGUGGUGAUCCAUUAUGCUCUCCAACGCUUAAGCUUUAAGAUACAAGACAUUAUCGUGUACGGAUGGUCUCUUGGAGGCUACGCUGCCACCUGGGUUGCCAUGUCCUACCCUUUGCUGAGUGCUUUGAUCCUGGAUGCCACCUUUGAUGACUUGCUCCCCUUGGCUUUGAAUGUCAUGCCCAAGAGCUGGAAGAAGUUGGUGGUGCGGACGGUGAAGGACCAUUUCAACCUCAAUGUGGGUGAACAGCUCUGCAAGUACUUAGGGCCUGUGCUGCUGAUCCGGAGGACCAAGGACGAGGUCAUCACCACGUGCCCGAUUGGCUUGGAGGACCAGAUCACCAAUCUCCGGUGCAACAGGGCCAACGCGCUCCUGAUUCAAUUGCUGGAGCACCGUUAUCCAGAUGUGAUGACCCAAGAAGGGUUGGAAGCUGUCCAUGACUGGCUUCGGGCUGCCAAUCCUAAGCAAGAGGAGACCAUCUACCAGCACUACAAAAUCAACGAUAAGUGGUGUAUCAAGAAACUGAGGGAUUACAAAGCCAGCCUUUGGCAUGGAAACCAUUUCCCAUGGUGGGUUGGGAAACACAUCACCAGCAGAGAGAAGCAGCAAAUGGCAGUGUUUUUAGCCAGGAAGCACAUGAAGAAUGUGGAGGCCACCCACUGGUCCCUCCUGAAGCCCCAGGAUUUCCAGAUGCCCUGGGAAUUAUAACAGAGGCCAAGGAAUUCUGAAUCAGAAGAAGUAGUGGAGGGAAAGACAGAAAGACACAUAAAAAUGAGAAGGAGAGAGGGGCUUUGAGUACCUGUUCAUGU